GUUGAUAACAUGCCGAUGAUAACACUUCGGGCAUGGUGAUGCGCUCGAAUAUUGUGAAUAAAAAAGCAUUCUCCUGCGCCGAUCGCUGAAAACACUCACUAAUAUUGGUCUGUUAAAGCUUGUGGGCCGUAGUCGGUCGCUUAUUUCGGAUAAUGAAGGUAAUAUUUAGAGUGUUUAAGUCAUGUCGGUUGAAAUUAUGGAAAGAGUGCGUGGUCAAUUCGUCCGUACACCGUACGAGUUGUCGGAGUUAUUCCACCAAUGAAGAUGAACAAGUCGUAAUGCCUCUCAAAUAUCAAAAUAUACCAAGCGAGAAUAUUCGCAAUUUCAGUAUAAUAGCUCACGUGGACCAUGGUAAGAGUACGUUAGCUGAUCGGUUAUUGGAGAUGACGAAAACCGUCUGCAUUGAGGAGGGCAAAGCACAAGUUCUAGAUAGGUUACAAGUAGAAAAAGAAAGAGGCAUAACAGUUAAAGCUCAGACUGCUUCAUUAUUUUAUAAAAGUAAAACAGAUAAUCAAAUAUACUUGUUAAAUUUAAUUGAUACUCCUGGUCAUGUUGAUUUUUCCAAUGAAGUAUCAAGAUCAUUAUCAGCAUGUCAAGGUGUUAUACUUUUAGUUGAUGCUAACCAAGGUGUUCAAGCUCAAACUGUAGCUAAUUUUUAUUUAGCAUUUUGUAAAGAUCUUGUUAUUGUACCUGUGUUAAAUAAGGUAGAUUUAAAAAAUGCCAAUCCAGAGAAAGUUGAAGAACAAUUGGAAGGGUUGUUUGAUAUUGAUGCUAAAACAGUAUUGAGGAUAUCUGCAAAACAAGGAACUGGAGUAGAAAAUUUAUUAGAAUCUAUUGUUACACGAUUACCACAUCCAAUAACUAAUCGCCAAGCACCGCUCAAAGCUCUGAUAUUUGAUAGUUGGUUUGAUAAAUAUCGAGGAGCUGUAGUGUUAAUUUAUGUUCAAGAUGGAUGUGUAAAAGAAGGCGAUAUAAUUACAACAGCAUAUUCUCAAACAUCUUAUACUGUUAAAAAUGUUGGUAUUCUAAGACCAACAGAAUUUAAUACAGGAACAUUAGUUGGCGGACAAGUAGGAUUUCUUACAUGUAACAUAAGAUCAGCAAAAGAAGCCCACAUUGGAGAUACUAUUUAUUUGAAAGAUGAACCUGUUGAACCAUUUCCUGGAUUUAAACCAGCUCAACCAAUGGUAUUUGCUGGAUUAUUUCCUUUGGAUCAAUCAUUACACUUGGAGAUGAAAAAUGCUUUGGAACGAUUAACUCUCAAUGAUUCUGCUGUAAGCAUUACUACAGAGUCUAGCCCAGCUCUAGGUCUUGGUUGGAGAUUGGGAUUUCUUGGUCUCUUGCACUUAGAUGUAUUUAAUCAGAGAUUAGAUCAAGAAUACAAUGCUCAAGCUAUUAUGACAGCACCUAGUGUAACAUAUAAAGCUAAAAUAACAUCAAAACAAUUAAUCACAAAGUAUGGUUCUAAUGAAUUCUACUUUUCGAAUCCAAUGGAUUUCCCUGAUGCAACAAUUACUGAAGCACUCUACGAACCAUUCAUUCUUGGAACUAUUAUAACCCCCGAUGAAUAUUUGGGAGAUGUCUUGUCUUUAUGCAUGGAAAAAAGAGGUGUACAAAAAUCAUCAAUUAAUAUUGAUAACACUAGAGUAAUGAUACAGUGCUAUUUUCCAUUAAAUGAGAUUGUCAUAGAUUUUCAUGAUACACUGAAAUCAAUUACAUCAGGUUUUGGUAGUUUUAGUUAUGAAGAUCAUGGAUAUGAACUUUCAAAUCUAGUCAAAUUGGAUAUUUUGCUAAAUGGGAAUGUUAUUGAAGAACUUGGAACUAUAGUACAUGCAAGUAAAGCUGUAAAUCUUGGUCGUAAAAUGGUAUUGAAAUUAUUAGAUAUGAUUCCUAGACAAAUGUUUCAGAUUGCAAUUCAAGCUUCAGUCAAAGGAAAAAUAAUUGCAAGAGAAAAUUUAAAACCUUAUCGCAAAGAUGUAACAUCAAAACUUUGUGGAAAACGUGGAGGUGAUAUUACUAGAAAAAUGAAACUCUUAAAGCAACAAUCAGAUGCUAAAAAAAAAAUGAAAAUGGUUGGAAACAUUGAAAUUCCUCGGGAUACAUUUAUAAAUGUUCUCAAACGAUGAUAAUUUACUA